AGGUCAGCGAUACAGCGUGAAUACCUGACUCAGGGAUCAAAGCCCUGUACGGAUAGAUAUUUAACACUACUGUGUCCACUGAACUGUUUAGAACACUCACAACCUUGACGUAGGUCAACGAACCUGAAGAAACCAUGUCUGUAGAGUGUAUUAUAAAGAAUGCAGCUAAAACGGUAGGGGAAGGGCCACACUGGGACAAUGCUACCAAUACAUUACUGUACGUAGAUAUUUACGAAAAUGCUAUACACAGAUAUAAUCCCGCAACAGGAUCGGACGACAAAAUUACACUAGACGGUACAGUGGGUUUCGUAGUUCCCGCCAGAAAAGGUGGACUGAUAGCAGGUGUGGGUCGUUGUCUGGUACAUGUAGACUGGGACACAAAAAAGGUGACCAAACUUCACGAGGUGGAUAAGGGUCUUAAGACACGCUUUAAUGAUGGAAAAUGUGACCCGAAAGGAAGAGUCUGGGCAGGAACAAUGGGACCUGUGGAGCCGGAUGUUCCUAGCAUGAAGAAAAUAGGCAGUCUGUAUUGUUUAGAUCUAGAUGGCAAAUUGCGCACUAUGAUUAGUGACGUAGGAAUUUCAAACGGACUAGCUUGGUCAGAGGACGGAAAGUGGAUGUAUUAUAUCGACUCCACCCCACGACAACUCUAUAGAUAUGACUUCGACUUUUCCACUGGCAGCAUAGGAAACAAAAGGGUAAUUGUUGACAAUUCUGGUAAGUCGGUACCAGAGUAUGGUUUUCCAGAUGGAAUGACACUAGACACAGAAGGAAAGGCCUGGGUUGCCAAUUUUUUCAGCAAAAAAGUUGUCUGUUAUGACACAAAUACUGGUGAAGAGUUACAAUAUGUUGAGUUUCCUGCUACAAGAAUCACCUCGUGCUGCUUUGGAGGUCCAGAUCUGGAUGAUCUGUAUGUUACAACGUCUGCUUUUGAAGCAACGGAAGAGGAAAUGAAGGAAUAUCCAUUGUCGGGAUCUCUGUUUCGGGUCAAAGGGCUCGGUGUCAAAGGUUACCCUGCAAAUGUUUACGAGGGUGAUAUUCCUAUUGAAUGAAAUAAUGACAGAGGAGGAUUUGUUACCAAAGUUGAAAAUGCAUUAUAUAUUUUCGUAUGAAUUGAUUAUAGAAGUUUAUACAAGAGCAUGACAUAUACUUCCUAUACUUGCUUUUCUUUUUAGCUCACCUGAGCCAAAGGUUGAACUGAGCUUUUCUGAUCAAAGGAUGACAGACUUCUUCCUGUCAUGUGUUGUCCACAAACUUUUCACGUUUUCAGCUUUUUCUCCAAACCACUGAUCUAAUUCAACAAAACUUGCCUCAGAGCAUUCUUGGGUUGAAGAAACGCAACCUCUUUUAAGGGGAGAUUGUUAAGACAUAGACAGAGUAAGGAUAAGUAGGCCAUUUAAAAAUCUUCUCAAGAAUCACUGAGUCAGAAAAGAUAAAUUCCUGACAUAGUGUAGAUACAAAUUUUGGCCUCCGGAGGAAGGUUCGACUUUCAAAAUCAAAUAAUUACAUGGGAAUGUAUGUAAAAAAGAUAUUGCCGUCGAGAAGAGCAAGUCAUUACUAGUAUUAGCCAUAAUAACACACAAGCACCCUCAGAUGGUGCAGAUUCAGAUUUGUUCCAAUCAUGGCCCCCAUGGGAAGGUUGGGACAAUAAUAAGAGAUACGUAGGAAUACAACAAAAGUUUAAAAAAAAAAAAAAGAGAGUGGCAGGGUCACACUAAAUCAUAUUGAUGUGCAUACUUGUUGAAAUAUGAAUUUUAUCUUUUUUUAUCUUUUCAAUUUUAAGUUUAAAAUUUAGCUUUGAAUCUGGUUCAGAUGUUAGAAUAAAUUGUACAGCUAUUGGCUGCCUAUAUACAACUUAUUCAAUAUAUUUUAAUGCAAUAUCCUUAUAUAAAGUUUGCCUUCCUGUUUAGCUCAACUGAUAAAUCAUAGAUCAGAAGAGCUUAUGCAUUGGUAAGGUGUGCGUCUGGCUGUUCGUCAACAAUAUUUCAAAAUGCCACUCUUCUUACAGUUUUUUUUUUUAUUUCAGUAUAACAGGGUACACAAGACUUAGUAGGUUACACUAAGACACGUAACUUAUUUUUUAGUUUUUGAUUUUGAUGAACGGGAUUGCCAUUUUACUAAAAAUAAAUCUCUGUGAAAUUCUUUAAAAGACUACUACAGUUUUGGUCUAAUUGCAGAAAAACCUUCUAUACAAGAAGACUAUACACUGAGAUAUAAACAUGUAUUUUUUUAAAAUCAGUUUCUGAUUUUAAUGAACGAUGUUGCCAUGGUUACUAAAAAUUGCAAUUCCUGUGAAAUUCUUUCAAAAAGCUACUUUUCCUGCAGCUUUGAUCCGAUUUAAAUAAAUCUUUUUUCACAAGUAUACUAUACUCAGACAAACAACUCUAUAUCAGUUUUUUUUUUAAUUUCGCUGAACGAUCUUACCAUGAUUACUGAAAAUAGAAAUUUCUAUGAAUUUCUUUCAAAAUGCUACCCCUCCUAGACUUCGGGUCCGAUUUCAAUAAAACCAGGAACACAAGUAGACUUUAAAGAUUCACGACCCUCUCUAUCGGUUUUUGAUUUAACAAACAUGUUGCCAGGGCUACUAAAAUAGAUUUUUUGGUGAAAUUAUUUCAAAAGGCGAUUCCUACUACAGUUUUUGUCCAAUUUCAAUUUAACUUGCCACAAAAAGAUACUAAACCAAGGAUCAUUAUUAUAUUUUUUUGCUGUUGCCAUAGUUUCAAGUUCAAGCGUUUCUUUUCUAAACUUUUGUACAAUAAAUAACCAUAGAGCUACAGUCUCGUCAGAGACUUUUGGUUAGUGUACUCUUCACUUAUGAAUCUCAAUAAAUUAAUCAAGCCAUG